AUGGCCGCGGGCGCCGCGAAGACGCUCAACGGCUUCUCCUCAGGCAUAGGGCGUGUCUCCAAGCGGCUUGUUGCUUCUUAUGUACUCGACUGGAUUCUGAUAUGGGCAACAGUGGCAGUCGGCGCCGCCUUUUCGCAAAUCCACGGGAACAAACAUGCCUUCUCGCUUCAAGAUCCAAAUAUUUCCUAUCCCUACCACGAUGACACUGUCACGGUUCCAGUCCUGAUCGUCGUUUCCGUUAUUGCACCGGUCGUCAUCACCGCCGCCAUCUCCUUGCUUUUCGUCCCCGGCCCGACCGUCCAUCGGUCAACUCCCAAGGCAUUAAUCUGGCGCAGGAAACUCUGGGAAUGGAACGCAGCAUGGAUGGGCCUUGGUGUUGCCGUGGCAGGUGCAUUCGUCAUCACCGAAGGACUGAAAGACCUCGCUGGAAAGCCCCGGCCGUGUCUGCUCGCCGUAUGCGACCCGGACUUGAGUCCUGAAGCCAUCCGCAGACAUCAAGUAGGGGGACUGGGAACAUCUCUUCAGUCAGCCACGCCGAUUGUGGUCGAUUGGCAUAUCUGUCGCACCACCGACCAGAGCAGAUUGCGCGAUGCAUUCGCGAGUUGGCCGUCAGGACAUUCGAGUUUCAGCUGGUCGGGCUUGCUCUAUCUCACUCUGUUCAUCUGCUCCAAAUUCGCUGUUCAGAUUCCUUUCUUGUCCCCAAGCUCGGAAGUUGGGCGACGCAUGUCCGCGGUCGAUGAAGAGGAGGAUCAGCUGGGAAAGGAAUCAAUAAACACCUCCUCUUCUCACCAGCGGGUCUACCCUCCUCGGAACCAAGCAGCAGCUCCCCCUAUAUAUCUGCUGAUUAUUGCAUUCAUUCCCAUUGCCGUCGCCAUGUUCAUCUCAGUGUCGCGGUAUUUCGACAAUCGUCACGCCGGGUUUGACAUUAUUUCGGGCUCAGUCCUCGGCAUUUUCACCGCCUGUUUGGGGUUUCGAUGGUAUCAUUUACCAAUUCAGGGAGGAAGCGGGUGGGCUUGGGGAGCAAGGAGUCGGAAUCGAGCAUUCUGGCUGGGCGUGGGUCGUGCAGGAUACGUAGGCGAUGAAGGCUGGGAGGCUGCGAACCUGACAGCGCACAACGGUCCGCUGGGAGCGAGUCAACGGGUCACAGCACCUGGUCUGCCUGAUCAGCAAGAUGCAACGGAGACAGUUGUGGCAAACAGAGUUUAG